ACGUUAGGAUUAGAUGAUAAUUAUUUAUUAUGCAGUUCAUGUCGAAAAAAAGCUUCAGAGUUAGUGAAGCAACAAACAAAUGCUCGUAAUGAUCCUAGUGCUGAUGUAAGUGACCGUGAAGACAACUAUAGUGACAAUAAUGACAACAAUGAUCAGGCUGAUAAUGAUAGUAAUACAACUGCCACGGAUCUCCCAUUAUCCUUAUCAUUCCGUUCCAUGUCAUUUGAUAGCGAACCCGAAGCAUCACAAUCAAGCUCAGGAUCCCAAGUUAGCGCUGCAACUCAAUUACCCGUAAUAAACCAUGCAUUAGAAUUGUUAAAUCAAUCACCGAUUCCAUCGAAGAAAUUGAAUGAUAAUCAAUUUUUGAACAAUAAAAUAAAUCGGGUAUCCGACAGCUUGAAAAAAGUUUUGCUUUCUUCUUCAGAUGAAGAAUCGAUUGAUGACGAUGGUGAAAAUUUUCGCUCUCUAAUUAAAAUGUUGUAUGAUAAAUUCAACGAUAAAGAAACUGAUAAGUCUUUGAAUAUACAAAUUUUAUACUAUUACCUGUAAAAUGGAGUGAGAGACGUAUUUGUGAAACUAUGAAUACAUCAAGACAUUUGUCAAGAGUAGCAAAAAAUUUGGUUGAAGAAACGGGUUUACUUUCUACACCUGAAUCGAAAUUAGGGAGGACAAUUACUGAUCAGGUAAAAUUAAAAGUUGAAAAUUUUUACAACGAUGAUGAGUAUAGUGCUCAAAUGCCCGGUAUGAAAGACUUUGUAUCAAUUCGAAGUGAUGAUGGUAAUCGGAUACACGUCCAAAAAAGACUUAUCCUGUCUAACUUAAAAGAAUUAUACCAAUGUUUCUGUGAAAUAAAUCCUGCUGAGAGAAUUGGAUUUUCAAAAUUCGCUUCUUUGCGACCAAAACAUUGUGUGUUAGCAGGGGCAAGUGGAACACACACCAUCUGCGUGUGUACGAUUCAUCAAAACGUGAAGUUAAUGAUGCUUGGUGCAAAUAUUUAUUCUUUGACAAGGAACACAGAAAAGCCCAUUAAACACUACAGCGAUUACUUGAGCAUGAUUAUAUGUGAAAAUCCAUCUUUUCAGUGUUAUUUAGGUGGAUGUAAAAACUGUCCUGGGGUCGAUGAGUUGAGUAAAAUUUUACUAAAAUGUUUUGAGGACCGGGAAAUCGAGAAUAUUACAUAUAAAUAUUGGAUAUCAAAACCGAGAAGUAGUUUAGAAACUAUUAUUAAGCCUACAGAAGAAUUUGUGGAAAAAUUUUGUAGUGAGUUAGAAAUUCUUCUACCUCAUUCGUUCAUUGCUAAGGAGCAAGCCCAAUUCUUGAAGACAUUGAAAGAAACAUUGAAACCAAACGAAUACGUUAUUAUUUGUGAUUUUGCAGAAAAUUAUGCCUUCGUAGUACAAAAUGCGGCAGCUGGUUUUCACUGGAAUAAUAAUCAGGCAACAGUUUUUCCAGUCGUUAUUUAUUAUAAAGUAAAUAACAAACUUGAACACAAAAGUUUAGUAAUUAUCUCAGAUUCUAACAAACAUGAUGCCGUUGUUGUUCAUGUUUUCAUCGAAAUAAUAACUGAUUACGUGAAAAGUCUUCCUGAACGUUGUAACAAGAUUUAUUAUUUUUCUGAUGGAGCUCCUCAACAAUUUAAAAACUUUAAAAACUUUGUAAAUUUAUAUUACCACGAAGAUGAUUUUGAUAUUCCUGCUGAAUGGCAUUUUUUUGCGACUGCCCAUGGGAAAGGUCCGUGUGAUGGAAUCGGUGGUAUUCUCAAACGACUUGCAGCGAGAGCAAGUCUCCAACUCGCGGUAGACAAACAAAUAACGACACCAGAAGAACUUUUUGAAUGGGCUUCUGCACCGGAUAACUUUGCCGAAUAUUAUAGUGAAGUUUUCCCCAGAAGAAGAUUAUGA